AACCAAGGGAGGUAACUAUCAAUUACUCGUGUUUGUUUAUGGCUGGAAGAAGUGACUAUACGGAGAUUUGAUAUCUACGACCUCCAGGCUUGGAUUCACUGAAGGCAUCGAAGAUACAAUCCAAAAACCAGUAUGCUGGGAGUAUGGUGACAGAAGUGAAGGAGUUGUCUGGUAGCUCCGGUACGGUGGUGCACAUUCCCUCUAUGGCUGUCAGAGGCAGCUCCAACAACAGGAAUGAUGUGGAACACUUUCACCAUGAAGAACACAGAAUCAAUGCCAAGGUGCCGCAGCACAACAAGUUCAUCACUUCACUCAUUGCUGGAGCCCUGGCUGGAGCUGUGGCCAAGACCACCAUAGCUCCACUGGAUAGAACAAAAAUAAAUUUUCAGAUCAGCAACACCCGAUUCUCGUUUCGUCAAGCUAUCCGUUUUCUGCACCUGACAUUCAAGGAUGAGGGCUUCCUGCGCUUGUGGCGUGGCAACUCGGCAACCAUGGCCAGAAUUGUGCCAUACGCUGCUAUCCAGUACGCUGCUCAUGAGCAGUACAAGUGGCUCCUCCUCAAGGACAAGAGGAAAAAACAUCUGCCCCCUGGGAGAAGGUUCCUGGCAGGUGCUCUGGCUGGGACCACCUCUGUGGCCUGCACCUACCCCCUUGACAUGGUGCGGGCUAGAAUGGCAGUCACAGCUAAGGAAAAGUAUCAGAACCUGAAGGAGGUGAUCAUGAAGACAUAUAAAGAGGAGGGUGUACGCACUCUGUACAGAGGAUUCACUCCCACGAUACUCGGCUCCAUUCCAUACUCAGGGACAAGCUUCUUCACUUAUGAGAGUCUUAAGAAAUUACAUGCUGAGUAUGCAAUGGGGAAAGAUCCCUCUCCAGUGGAGCGUCUGUCCUUUGGUGCUGUGGCGGGGCUGCUGGGCCAGUCGGCCUCCUACCCCCUGGACAUUGUGCGCCGCAGGAUGCAGACAGCAGGUGUGACCGGUCACUCCAAGGACUACACCAGCAUCGUGGGGACAGCCACACAGGUGAUCAGGGAGGAGGGCUUCAUCAGGGGCAUGUACAAGGGACUCAGCAUGAACUGGAUCAAAGGACCCAUUGCUGUCGGCAUCAGCUUCACCACGUUUGACAUCUCCGUCAGAUGGUUGCGCACAUUUGAGUUUUUCCACAUAGACGAUGAAACUUAGCUGUUACAACUGUAAGGUGCUAUCUGUUAGCUGUGAUAUGACCACCUGUGAUGUAGUGCAGGAUCUGUGUGUCUGGACCUGUGUGCCAGGGCAUGUGUGUCUGGACCUGUGUGCCAGGGCAUGUGUGUCUGGACCUGUGUGUCUGGGCAUGUGUGUCAGGGCAUGUGUGUCAGGGCAUGUGUGUCAGGGCAUGUGUAUCUGGACCUGUGUGUCUGGACCUGUGUGUCUGGGUAUGUGUGUCAGGGCAUGUGUGUCUGGACCUGUGUGUCAGGGCAUGUGUGUCUGGGCAUGUGUGUCAGGGCAUGUGUGUCUGGACCUGUGUGUCAGGGCAUGUGUGUCUGGACCUUUGUGUCAGGGCAUGUGUGUCAGGGCAUGUGUGUCUGGACCUGUGUGUCUGGGCAUGUGUGUCAGGGCAUGUGUGUCUGGGCAUGUGUGUCUGGACUAGGUUGACUUGAGUACCACCGAAAAUUCUAAUUUACUGUAAGAAAUGACUUGAUUUACAAGACCGGACCAGUUUUAUUUUUUGUUACCAAGCUUUUUGUUGCAAAGAUGUGUGAGGCACAAAAUAAUGUCAGGAGGAAAUAACAAAAAUUGAAAUUGAUAACACAAGUAUUGUUUUUAAGAUACAUAUUCUAGGGGUAAUGGUCUUGCAUUCAAUUAAUUAUGGAAUCAUUCACAAGUAGGACUUUGAAAUAAAUUGACAAAUAUGCAUACGUGACAUUAAACACAGCUUUUAGACAUUAAGAUAAUAAUACAAGGAUCAGGUUCUGAUCUCAGUGUAAGAUAGAAAAGGGUCAGAGGCACAAAUCAAGUUGAUUCACCAUCUUCAACAUCUUAAUGCACCAUUAUGUUAGCAAACAAUGAAUGAUUGAGAUCUGUUUCUCUUGAUGAAAUAUUUGUGUUGUGUUAGUGUUGAAAUGAUUGAAAUGUUGUCCUAACAGCAUGACACUGCAUUGUGAGUGUGAUAAUCCAGGGAAAUGAGUGUGUGUGAAUGUAUGUGGUGCAGGGCAUCUGACUACAGCUAGGUAGGUAGGUGCUCUAUGUGACUUAGGUUGUUGUCAGGUGUGUACCCAACUUGGAGUUGUGAGGUGUUUUGUGUUUAGUUCCUUUCUAUAAGCAUCUGUUGACAACAGUUUUCACAAGGAUAGGUAAAAUUAACUUUUGAAAACUGUCUUUUCUGUCCUUGUUGAAGCAUGAAAAUUACGUUUUAUGUUAAUCCCUGACCUGGAGUCUUAUUUUGAAAAUCUGUAAAUCAAGAAAUUAAUAACAUGGUGCCUAAGGAGUGGAUUUGAGCUAGGGUAAAAGUGGCAGGUCAUCUGUAGUCAAAAACAUAGAGAAAUUCAUAUUCAAGUUUCUCCUAAACUGGGGCAAGUACAUUUCAAGUGUAUUUUCUUGUUGACAGAUACUGUGGAUUAAACUAGUCUGUUUACAUGACUGAGUACGGCUGUCGUGUUAGCCAUGACCCAAUGUAUGAAGAUGGAUUUACACUGAACACAAGUCCUGUUCUGUCUUCAUGGCUUCUCCUUGUACUUCCUGACACACACAUCCAGCAGCUUCCACAUGAAGUGUCAUCUCUUGGCAGAGAGACGUCUGCAACACAAUAUAAUAUACAGAGGGGCUGUUGGCGCCAGCUCCCUUGUAAAUCUCCACUACCGAGGGCUGGCGACACUCAGUCAGCCUGACACAAGUCUGUGUACAACUGAACAAUCUCUGGGUUUAACUUUACGUACUGAUUAAAUACAAGAAAAAUGUAUGAAUCAAAACAAUCUCUGGGUUUAACUUUACGUACUGAUUAAUUACAAGAUAAGUGUAUGUAUCAAAACAGUCUCUGGGUUUACCUUUACGUACUGAUUAAUUACAAGAUAAGUGUAUGUAUCAAAACAAUCUCUGGGUUAACCUUUAUGUACUGAUUAAUUACAAGAUAAGUGUAUGAAUCAAAACAAUCUCUGGGUUUAUCUUUACGUACUGAUUAAUUACAAGAUAAGUGUAUGUAUCAAAACAAUCUCUGGGUUUACCUUUACGUACUGAUUAGAUACAAGACAAGUGUAUGAAUCAAAACAAUCUCUUGGUUUACCUUUACCUACUGAUUAAUUGCAAGAUAAGUGUAUGAAUCAAAACAAUCUGAAUAGGUGUAUGAAUCAAAACAAUAUCGGGGUUACUGAUACACUAGGAGUGAUUGCUUGUGGAGUAUGUCAUGCUGCAUGUUGUUGUACGCCUGGCUGUUGGACGUAAGUACUGUGAGAAGAGUGAUGAUGCAGGCCUGGCAGGACACUGCGGUGUUUUCAUAAUACCAGCAUUGCAUAAAUCAGCUAUGUCCAAGGCUGUAGUUGGAGCAAAAACUGGUAACUUAUCUAAAUGAAUAAGUUUAGAUGUGCAUAUUUAAGACAAUAGUAACCCCAUCAGGAAGGUUGUAUGGUAAAAUGCAUAACAUUGACUCAGUGAUUCCCAUCUGAUAUUGAUGCAUCACUAUGUUGCUUCAAUCCUACAACACUGUAGACAUCUUUGUGAAGCUAAUACGUCUGUAGGUUCAACUCUGCGGUAUAGUGAUAAGGAGCUGUUCAGGUGUGUCUGCACCAGGACAGAUAUGGGUAUACCUACAUUCUGCAGAGCAUUAGUGAAUGUAGGAUAUGAUGACACAUAGCAGAUUCUACCACCGUUUUCAAUGUUCGGUCCGUCCAAACAUAGCUGUAGACUUUUAGAAAGCUACACAGGCAGCUCUCCCUGUGUGUUUGUUGGAUGGCAUUCCCUGAGUGAGGGGCAGUGUUGAUGUGCCCGACUCACUCUGUACUUCUCAUCCAUCCAGUUGUGUCCAGCCGUGUGUGAUGGGGGCCUCAUGGUGAUCAGUAUGUAGUCUGGGCAGAGCUGCAAUCAGCUGAAUACUUCUUCACAAUACACUCAACUAACCUUGUACUGUAUAUUGGGAACUUUUACUAUGUAUGCUUUUUGUUUUGUAUAUUUAAUAUUUGUCAUUUUCUUUCAUUAAGGGUUGAGUCUGUUUCAGAACUCACCUCAAACCCACCUCUCUAGGCCGCGCAGCAAGAAGGUGGGAACACUUGUCAUCUCUUGAUAACUUCCUCCAUAGCAGUUCAGUGUUUACAUUUUUGUUUUACCAUGGCAAGAGGAUAUUUACCCAGUUAGAGAGUUGUUUGUUUCUGUGUAUCAGAGUGCUGUGAUAUGUAGAUGUUGCACUGUUAGACCACAUACCCCAGUCCAGCACCAGACUCAUCAGUCAGUAGUGCAGUCAGUCAGUCCAACCAAUCAAAAUACACAGCUAUAUUUACUGCCAACCUGUGUAGAUCCUUGUUGAAGUUGGACUUCCUGUGAGGCAGCGAGGUAGAUGGUGCAAUGUGUGCCAGUAGGUGACACACUGCUGUGUGGCAUCACUUGUUAUAUCAUGUUCAGUAUUGCUGAGUGGCAUUAGUCUGUAUAUUAUAUGUAGAACUUGUUGCUUCAUCCAGUCCUGCCAGGGGAACUUCAUAUGAUCACCAAUGCAUCCCAUACUUGCCGUAAAAGACGACUACGCUUGUCGUAAGAGGCAACUAAUUGGAUCGGGUGGUCAGGCUCACUGACUUGGUUGAUGCAUUUCAUUGUAUCACAAUUGCGUAGAUCGAUGCUCCUGAUGUCAAUCACUGGAUUGUCUGGUCAAGACUCGAUUUUUUACAGACCGCCAUCAUAUAGUUGGAAUAUUGCUGAGUGCGGCGUUAAACAACAAACCAACAAAGAUCUCACCAUGCUAUGCAUGAUAUCCCUGUUGAAGUACAGCAAGUCAUAGAUGGAGGGGAGACAACUCUGUACACACUGUGGCCAUACUAGGUCCCUGUUCCAGAAAGGCUAUCACAGCAGUAAGAUAAUGCCAACUCCCAUGUCUAACAUAGACUUAUGAUAGCUGAUGGCUAUGUGGAAUGGGACCCUGCAUUCAAAAGUAGGAAGUUCCUAAUCAAUUUUCAGUACCGCAUUGUAUUGAGAGCUUGUAUCUUGGAUCUGUAAAGGUUACAAUACUAAGACAUUGAAACAAUGUUGGAUUGCGUUUUGUGAUUUUGUUACGUCUGGAGUAAGGAAUGAGGACCUGUAUGUGGUGUAUGCUGUUUGUACCAGAUGAAACUUGGGUUAUGUUUUGUCCUCAAGCAUGAUCUUUGCAAUGAAAUCUGAUAUUGAAACUCUCAGAUGACAGUCAUACUGAGAUAGUGCUUCCUUAUUCAACCUCUGUACAUGUAUUGGUGUGUAUUGGAUAUUUAGUAAGUAUGUAUCAGAACAUAUAUAAAGUUUGACUGUGUGUUAUGUGAGUACUAUGAACUGAGUCAUAUUGAGUAGCCGUUAAUAACUAUCAAAUGCUAUUAACCUCUGAUUUGUCUGAGACUUGAUCCUAUCCUUACACAGGUAGCCAUCUUAAACACAAUCACUUUAGUUGUCUUGGUGUGAUUUAGUAUGAAGGAAUUUUAUGUGUGUCAUCUUUGACAUGAAACUGCUUGUGCUAAUUAAUGUAAUUUUCAUGUUCAUAAUGAUGCCACUUUAAUUUAUUGAUUUGUGUAAAAACAUUGAUGAUUGUGUUUAUGGAUGUCUGCUUGUUAAACCUCCAGUUAAAGUCUCAUUUAAUCUCAAGUGUUGUAUUACCAUGAAAGUCAGGUGAGCUAAAGAGAUUGUGCUGCUGUAUUUGGUCACUUGACCCUGACCCCUAGUGUAGGGACUGACCUUGGGUCACCAUGUCCACACAGUGAUGGCGCAUCUUACCUUGCCACAGAAUUCUUACUCAGGGUACAGACUUUUAACCAACAAGUGUACAGUUGCUCACCUCCUUCUAAACAGGCUGUUAUCCUAACUCGCCUUCUGUUAUUAGCAAAAUACUUCUAAUGAUGUUAAUCAGAAUCAAAAUUAAGCACACACACUAUUAUUUCCAGAAAUGGUUUGUAAUAUUCCAGAAAAAUAUCAAAUAUGUGACAUUAGUCUUCAUUUAUUGUUUUCUACAUGUGCAUACAAUUGUAUCACUUGUAUUGUUGACAUUGUAUUGAUGCAGUUGUAAUCGCAGUUUCCUGAUGUGUGAUGUGUGUGCAGGAUGUGCUGCUGAUGUGAGUGGUGUGUGACUCCCUCCACUGCCAGUAUGUCUGUGUCACAUGCACCACUCUGUGAUGAAAUCCUGAUUAAAUACUACUGCUGUUGA